GAACUAUCAUACAGCGGCAUUUCUGUGUCGUGUGCAUAGCAUGCUAAACCGCUAAACGCUGCCAAAUAAUUCGUAAAAAUCCCGAAACUGGUUUGUGAAACGAUAACCAUUCAAAAUGAGCAUACUCGCCAAAAUAGCGGAGAUAGAAAAUGAGAUGGCUAGGACGCAGAAGAACAAAGCCACAGCUCACCACUUGGGUCUUCUUAAAGCACGUCUCGCAAAGCUAAGAAGGGAACUGAUCACACCAAAAGGAGGCGCCGGGGGUGGAACAGGAGAAGGUUUUGAUGUGGCUAAGACCGGUGAUGCCCGAAUUGGAUUUGUUGGUUUUCCAUCAGUGGGAAAGUCCACCCUGCUAAGUAACCUUGCAGGUGUCUACUCUGAGGUUGCAGCCUACGAGUUCACCACUCUUACAACAGUGCCUGGAGUCAUUCGGUAUAAAGGAGCCAAAAUUCAGCUUUUGGAUUUACCUGGAAUCAUUGAGGGGGCAAAGGAUGGCAAGGGGAGAGGCAGGCAGGUCAUUGCAGUGGCUCGAACCUGUAAUCUAAUCCUGAUAGUGCUUGAUGUGUUAAAGCCUCUUGUUCAUAAGAAGCUAAUAGAACACGAGCUGGAGGGCUUUGGCAUCCGACUUAACAAGCAACCGCCCAACAUUGGCUUCAAGAAGAAGGACAAAGGAGGCAUAAACUUUACUGCUACAUGUGCACAAAGUGAGCUAGAUGCGGACACGGUUAAGACCAUCCUGGCUGAGUACAAGAUCCACAAUGCUGACAUCACCCUGCGCAGCGACGUCACAGCUGAUGACCUCAUUGAUGUGGUGGAGGGAAAUCGGGUCUACAUCCCGUGCCUAUAUGUGCUAAACAAAAUUGACCAGAUCUCCAUCGAGGAGCUGGACAUCAUCUACAAGGUGCCUCACUGCGUUCCAAUCUCUGCCCACCACCGCUGGAACUUUGAUGACCUGCUUGAAAGGAUGUGGGACUACUUAAAGCUUGUUCGCAUCUACACCAAACCCAAGGGCCAGCUCCCUGAUUACACGUCCCCUGUUGUUCUCCCUGAUGGUCGAACUGCAGUAGAGGAUUUCUGCUUAAAGAUUCACAAAAAUCUCAUCAAAGAAUUCAAAUACGCACUCGUGUGGGGCUCGUCUGUGAAACACAACCCACAGAAAGUGGGGAAGGACCAUGUUUUGGAAGAUGAAGACGUUAUCCAAUUGGUUAAAAAGUGAACUGGCUCUCGAAGCACUGCAUGGCUCAGCAAAUAUCUCCCAUUUUUACAUCUCUCAUGCGGUCAACUUGCUUGCUAUGUUGCAUCACAUUUAAAAGAACCCACAGUACCGAACGCCAUAAAUAGUUCAUAUUGAAUGUUGGUAAAUGCUUCCAUUAAGAACCUAAAGCUGUACAAUAAAAAUAUCAA